AUGUCGCGCUUGCUUUCAGUGGAGAAUAAACGCAAUCGUGUGGUCGGCUCUGAGGCUGUUUUGGCGCUUUUCCGUCGCAAUCCUGACGAGUUUCUGCGUCGAUACAUAACUGUGGACGAAACAUGGAUAUACCACUACACUCCAGAGACAAAGGAACAGUCAAAACAGUGGGUUUUUGAAGACGAACGGGCUCCGAAGAAGGCGAAGACAGUGAAAUCGGCCGGCAAGGUGAUGGCCACGGUUUUUUGGGAUGCACGCGGAAUCAUCUACACCGAUUACUUGGAAAAAGGACAAACAAUAACUGGAGAGUAUUAUGCGUCGUUAUUGCACCGCUUGAGCGAAGAAAUCAAGAAAAUACGUCCUCAUUUGAAAAAGAAAAAGAUCCUCUUCCAUCAAGACAAUGCACGGGUGCACACCUGCGCAGUUUCGAUGGCCAAAAUUAUGGAAUUAAAGUUCGAAUUAUUACAACAUCCACAGUAUUCACUGGAUUUGGCCCCCAGUGACUUUUUUUUUAUUUCCAAACUUGAAAAAAUGGCUCGGCGGACAACGGUUCACGUCUAA